AUGCCUGUCUCCACAUUUUCAGCUGCUGCCAACAUCACUCCAGUCGUCGUGAAGACGUUCUACACUCAUUCAAAACGAAAGGGCAAGAAGUUGAGAGAGCAUGUCAAAGAAGAUGAGGCCAGGGAUGACAUAUUCUUCGACGAAGCGUUCAAUAUAGUGAAAGCAUUCAUUCUUAUGGGGACAAAGAAUACAGUAGAAUCUCUUCAAGCUUUUACCAACACUCAUGUGCCUGCCUCGCCAUGGGCCGCUGUCUGUCCUGUCCGUAUACCAUUCUACUCCUGUAAUCGUGCUGCCGAUAUCCUCAUCGAUUGGUUUGGUCCUGAGGAUCUCAAGCUCAUUGUUGGAGGUGAAAAAUGGUGGCAAGUACGUGGAUUAGAUGGCAUCGACGGCGAAUGGAUAGCAGAGAAGGGACAGCUGAGCGACGAGAAAUUCAAUAUCAACAGUACACAGAAGCUAACAGAUUCGCAAAAGGAGAUAAAGAGAAUGGAACAACUAGAAACAGUUAUGCUUUACGUUCACGGAGGAGGGUAUUUCUGGGGCUCAAUAAGUAACUUGAAUAACUAUCUGUAUCAACGCUAUCUGAAUUUACUUUUUCCCCCUGCAGAUACUCAUCGCUAUCAGAUUCUUCGUUAUGCCCGCAAAGCUAAGGGACGUGCAUUUGCUGUCAAUUAUCGCAAAGCUCCGCAAUACCCUUGGCCUUGCCCCCUGCAAGAUGUUUUGGCAGCAUACCUUUAUCUCAUUGAUCCCCCGCCUAAUGCUGUACACCAAGCAGUCCCAGCCUCAAAGAUCGUCUUUGCAGGUGACUCAGCUGGUGGUGGUCUUGCUCUGACAGUCCUUACGAUCUUACGCGACGUGGGUAUGCCAUUGCCUGCUGGUGCAGUUCUCAUCAGUCCAUGGGUAGAUCUGACACACAGUUUUCCGAGUAUCAUGAAGAACACCGAAACUGAUAUCAUUCCACCGCAUGGUUUUCUCAGCAAACCCUCGGUUCUUUGGCCUGUCGAUGUUAUUAAAGAUGGAGGGCGCGUGACGAAGGCUCAAAGCAACCCUCCACCGAAACCUGGCCAUGCUGAUACCAUGUGGCCAGAGCAGGGGCGUGUCAAGAAGAUGAUGAAGCGAUCCCAAGGUCACACAAAGGUACCGAAGGAUGUAGGAAAGGAGAAGAGUCCGCAACCUCAGGACACGAUGAUGUCUUUUGAACACGGAAAGGAUGACAUGGAAAACAAUAUGGGUGGGGUCGAUGGAGCAAGCGCCAACACAGAUAAACGCGGUACUUAUAAAGUAGAAAGUUCUCUCCCUCAUGGCGAGGGUCUCAUUGACGGCCGUGGACCUGACUCGAGACCUAGUCUACCAGACCCUGAUGACAUCGACUUUUGGCAGCCCAAGCCGCCAAAAGUACUCAUGAAGGAUCCGCACAGUGUUCCAUUGGAACUGCGCUCCCAAAUCCAGCAAUAUGCGACUACCGAGCAGCUUUCUCAUCCACUCGUCUCGCCGAUCCUUCAGGGCUCCUUGGGUAACCUCUGCCCUCUGUAUAUUAUCACAGGAGACGGCGAAGUUUUGCGUGAUGAGAUUAUAUAUCUCGCACAUCGCGCUGCUCACCCAGAUGAAUAUCCUGUUCGCGAGGGUAUAUUAAGGGAUGGCUGGAGACAGAAGGAGAAUGCUAAAAAGUUCACGAAACCCACGAAAGUGCACCUUCAGGUUCUGCAGGCGAAAUAUGCUUAUCGAUCUAUUGCUGAAUUUGUAAAGCACGUCACACAAAAUUCUGAUGAGCAUCUCGCUCAGAACCCUUUCCCGGAGCUUCAUCGUCCAGCUUCACACAUUUCCUCUGAUAGUCAUUCUGACAAACAGAACAAAACAUCGCAUCAACCUAAACAUAAACAUAAAGAAAAGGUAGUUGACAAAUCAGUACCGCUGCAUCACACCACGUCAAAGAGCUCGCCAUCGCAGAAGGAGAAGACUGACGUGCAGCUAUAUAAAGAGAACGAAGACGAGCUUGAGAAGCAAAUACAAAAUCACAAGGCAGAGCAGGUCCCAUGUUUGGCCCACGGAGAUAUGCCUUCAGUACGGGUCGUUCGUGACCAAGAGCAUGAUAUUCCAAAUGUUCUCAUGAUUCGUGAGCGUGUCGAUAUCCGGGGGCACGUUCGAGCUAUGGAGCCAAAGGACCAAAUACCAGCGCUAGCAUUGAAACCUGCUGAGGUUGGCAUCAUAAAAGAAGAUCCGCUGUUCAAGUGGCUGCAAGGUCAGGAGGAAUGGGACAAGCGUUAUAGAAAGACUGCAGAGAAAGUUAUAAAGAAACGUCUCGAAUAUACGGCAAAGGCACUGUUGAUGAUCAGCCACGCAAGAGAGCAGGGGUUAAUACUUGAAGGGGAAGGUCGCACUGGUAGCUCACCCACCCGUCCAAAGACGGAAAGAGUGAGUUCUUCUGCGACAGGUUCUUCCUCGCGCACAACCCACGGGAAGAUCCAGGAAGAUAGAAGAUGGGGACCCUUGGACCUCGCAGAUGAGAGGCCGCCACCGUCUGCUAUAGCUGCAAGGCUCGAUACUCCUGAAGCACUUGCACUCAUUAAGAAGAGUAUCUACCACACUGCUCCCGCCACACAUAAAACAGUGCCAAAGAUGAAGACAUCAGAUGCUAUCAGGGCAGCGUUUGACCCCAACGAUGAUCCAUACAGGCCACCGGACCAGUCUGUCUCUGAACAGCAGGUUCGCACUAGUGUCAUGCACAUCCAUGGACUGAGAGUAUGGGAGUCGCUUGUAAGUUACUUCAUGCGCAAGAGCUCGAUGAAGGCGGGUAAUGGCGUACGCGCUGCUGGCAGCCUGGUGGCUGGGGCUGGGAAUAAAAUUGGGGUAACGUCGUCUGAUUGA